AUGAGUACACUAGGAAUGCGCCCCUCAUCCAAGAAAGCACAACAAACAGGCAGUCCAGAACCAGCUAGUCCUACAUCGUCAGGUGUAUUUAGAGAUUAUCAAGAACGAAUUGAAAAGGGGAUUGAGCAGACGUCGUGGGUUAAAUCGUCGGAGAGCGAGGGACAGAGUUCGAUGGGAAAGAGUUCAGUGGGAGGUGACGAAGGGGUGCCUGAAACUAUUGGGGGUUUGAGGAAGGGGACUUGGAUGAAGGGGAGUUUGGGGGAAGAUAUGUCGACGGAAAAGAUGUCGUCGGGAAUGGCUUCGACAGAAAAGACUUCAAAGCAACCGACUUCUACACAAUUGACUUCAACAGAGCAUAAAUCGGAAGGAUCAGGGUCUUCGAAAGAACGAACGAGUCCCCUAGCCAGGAUAUCUCAGCAGCUAGCAGAGAAAAGUAAAGAUAAAGAAAAACCAAAACGAGAAGAAAUCACCAUAAUGAGGCGCAAGGACAAGGGUAAAGACAAACAAAAAGCCACAGUUGAAGAGGAAGAGGAGGAGGAGGAGGAGAAAAGAAAGAGUCGAUUGUCUCAAUCCUCACGAUCGGCUCCUCCACCUAUAAGAUCGUAUCCUCCACCUCCGUCUACAUAUCGUAUGCCUUUGGGAACAAUUCCUUCAUCCCCAAGAGUGUCUCGUCAAUCCCGAGGAUCGGCCGCUUCAUCCUUGGGAAGGCCUGCUUCACCACCAAGAUUGUCUCGUCAACCUCUAAGAGCGGCAGCUUCAUCCUUACAAACGGCUAUUUCACCCCCAAGAUGGAACAUCCCACCUCCAGGAUCAUUUCCCGAAUCUGUACGAUCUGUCUCUCCACCCCCUCUACCAAAAGUGUUCCACCAGCCCUCAGGAGCAAUAUCACCACCUCUUCCACCUUCUCGACCCCCUCCACCCCCAGGGGCGCCCACUUCACCCUCAGGAAGAAACACUCUACCUCCAGGAACAUUUCCCGAAUCCGUAAAAUCCAGCACUCCAUCCGCCGACACAGAAUCUGAAAGCGAAGAAGAAAUAGCACUCGGGAAGUACAUCGUCACCAGACGCAAGGCAUUAAGCAAGAAAAGGGCCCGAAGAGCUAUCGAAACAGAAAAAGCAGAAGAAGAGAGAAUCCGCCGUCUAUUCCCCCAACCACCCCCCAGGCCAACCCCCUUCUCCUCCUCCACCCGUCCCGCCGGAAACGCACGCCUUCCACUCAGAACCAAUUCCAGAACCAAAACCAAGCCCAGCCCCCUCAACCUCGCCAAAGCAAGAGCCUACACCAGAUCUGACCCCAGCUUUUUUAAAUUCUGGACCUGGAACUGGCAGGGUCCACCCCCCUCACCGCGAUCUCGGUACCCAGUCCCAGAACCCCAAUUUCCAAAGACAUACUCGUCGAAAUCCACUACAAAUGCGGGCACCGACUACCCACGCGCAUCACGCCCGAUCCCACGGUUGUCCCAAUUGUUUGAUAUGGCGACAGUGGUUUUGUGGCUUGAUUGGGCUGUGGGUGGUUUGGCUGCUGGGAGGGCUUGCGCUUUGGUGGUAUACACCUGGGUGGUUUUGGUUUUGGAAUGA